AUGGCUGUCAAGGAUAGUCAGCAGCAAACGGUAAGAGUAGCAAUUCCAAAGGUUAAGCCACUACCAGAGACAGACACCUCCCGGGCUAUUAUCCUCGAACCAUACCACGUGGAUUUGCUCCCGGAGUAUGAGUAUGUGAGCCGCGAGUAUCUGAUGAGCGGUAUUGCUGCUGGAGAGUCCUAUUGCACACGCCUUCUCCUGCGUUGCCCUAAGGACCCUGCUCUCUUCACAGGCUUUGUCGUCGAGGAACCAGCACACCUAUGGGGUGGAACAAGCAUUUGGCGUGCGACAAACCGCUGGCUCAUGCGCAAUGGCCAUGCUUGGCUCGAGGUGGACUCACAAGCGCCAUCAGCACUUGGAAACAUCAAGACCGUGGAUCCAGAAAGGUAUGGUGAGAUGCAUUUUGUCCCGGGCCCAUUGUCACACGAAUUCAAAGAAAGCAUUCCUUUCGUGACAGAGGUCACAAAGGAAACACUGUCCGAUGCGUACGAUGAGUUCAAGGCCAAGUGGUGGCCUGCAACGACUCAGUCACCUGAAAUUAUCGCCGCUGCCUCAUGGACCCUUCGAAGCGGCUGUCUGGGUAUUAUAGCUACUCGCGUCGUCCUGAGUGGCCUUUCGCAGACAGGCGGGUUGACGAGGCGAUUUAUAACGCACUCAUCGCAUCUACGACUGCGUGACGGAAGCCUCCCAUUUGAGGCAUAUAUCCCUUGUCAAUCUGGCGGCGAGGCUUUGCCUGACAUUGCUCAUGUCAAGAUUGUGGAACUUGUCGGAGAAUCAGAGUUCCAGGGUGUCCGCUUACCAUGCGGAGUUGGCGGCCAGCUCAAGGGCAUUUCGCAUCGGCGGCCCCAAAGUGACUCGUUUCGUCUGUAUGAGAUUGCUGGUAUGGCUCAUCGAGAGUCGCGGUAUCCCUCUGAAAGGGAUCUCGAGCACUAUUCCGGCGUCACCUUGCGUAGAGCUAAAUGGAGCACCUUUGCCAACUCCUUCAUUUAUCAUGCUGUCUUUGAAGCUGUUGAGAAAUGGACCUCUGAGGAGGCCAUCCCACCUCCAAAGAGCUGCGUCAUACACACUGUAGGAGACAGUGACGACAUUGUGAGAGAUGAGUAUGGCAACGCGAAAGGCGGCGUUAGGACGGUACACACAGAUGUACCUCUGGCAAGAUUCGUGGCUGCAACGCCCAAGGGAAGGCCAAACUGGUACCGGGGAUCAGAGAUGCCGUUUCAUGAGCACAAAUUAAAAGCUAUGUAUGGCACGGUAUUUAACUAUCGGAAAGAAGCAGGGCAAGCGUUGAGGAAGCAGAUGCAAGCUGGGUUUUUGCUCGCAGCAGACGCCGAAGUAUUGCGCCGAGAGACAGUGGAGAGUGUUGUAUUUUGA